UUAGUGAGACCCAGAAAAGCUGAUCUUGUAACUACAACUUCCAACAUAUAGUUUUAAGAAGAAUGGCUGAAAGGGAACAAAGCAAAUUAGAAAUACAGUUCUCUGAUAUAUCUCACAAAAUACUAUUUUAUAUAUUCCGUAGGUAUUGGAAGUUAAAAACUCAAUUUGAGAUGAUUCAAUUAGCAUUGUAUCAAUUUAAAUACAGUAGUGAAAAAUUGUUUAACUCUAUUGACUCUGGUCUCUGUGAAUGUCGCGUUAGGAUUCUUGGAGUAAAUGUAGGUGUUGGUUCUGGUCAGGAUAAAAAAGAAGCUCAAAAUUCAGCUUUUGGUGAUGCAUAUCUCAAACUAGUGAAACCCUACUGUAGAGUUGUACAGACAGAAGGGAAUAAACUCAACUUGGAAACCUCCCAUACACCAUUUCUUGAAAUUUUGAAUCCUGUUAAUGCUAUGGAAGAGUUUUUAAGUGGGGAAGAUUUUCAUGAAGACAACCUUAAAGGUUUAGGUGACAAGCAAAGAACAGAAAGGGAUUUGUCAAAGUUUAUCAUUGUCAGGUAUAUUGGUGCUAGUCACUCAGAAGCAGCACAUAUGGCAGUACUUCAGUCUAGUUCAUUGUACAGUGGUAUGAUGUUUCAAAUGGACUUUGGUUUUGAAAACGGUGAGUUCACAUGUACUGUAGCCAUUGAAGGACACAAAACAGCAACAGCAUCAUCUGACCAGAAACAAAAAGUAAGGACAUUGGCUGCAGAGAAAUCUCUGGAAUACCUUUCAAAGACAUGUUGGACUUUAUUGAUAAAAAGGAACAGAAAAAAGUCAGAAAAUAUGACUAGAGAAAUAGUGGAAUUAGAAAUAGAAAAACAUGAAAAGCUAAGAAGAGAAAGUUUUGAUCAGUCAGGGCAAUUACAAGAAAAGGAAAUGACCUUUAUGAACAGAGAGAAUUUAGACAUUCGACCUCCAGGAUUCAAAAUACAUUUUGAGGAAGCUGUUCAAAAGACUUUGAAUGAACAUAUAAUCAGCAAAAGGGAUAUAACAUUCUAUGAUUUUGAGCGUCAUGAGAUGAAGAAGAUAAGAAAGAUUUCAAAAGUGUAUGAUAAUGUUUUAGUUAAAGAUAUAAUAGCAGACAACAAGAAUUGUCUUGUUGUAAGUCAAGUUGUCCUUGGAGAGGACAGCAACAUGAAAGGUAUUGGAGUUUCUGGAGAUUAUUUUCUACAGUAUCCAAAAACAGCUCCUGUGCACCAAUUGCAAGGAAAUUGUGUGAGAAAUAAUAGCCAAGAAGGUUUGAAGACAGAGUCUAUUCAAAAUGUAAAGGAAGAUACAAAAGAUGAAUCAAAAUGCAUAAUUUAUAAUGCAAAGCAGGAAAUAGGGACUAGUGCUUGUUCUGUUAACCAUGAUACAAUUAAACAGGAGAAUUUAGUGAGGGAUAAAUCCUCUUGUCCACAUACAAUUAGUUUUGGACAUGUUAGUCAGGAUACUGUCAUAGAAGAGCAAACCAUGAAGAAGGAGCAGGUAUCUAAUUAUCUUGUGGAUGAAGAUUUUGCUGGUAGUAAUUUUUCUACUCAAGGAAAUAAUGGAUUGAAAAGACCAUCAACCACUAAUUACCAGGAAGAUUACAAUAUAUCUCAUUCAAAAAAGCUACGAAUUUCAGACAUUGAAUCUGAUAAGGUCAUGACUCAAAACAAUAUGUAUUCUGACUCAAACUACAAUACCAGUCAAAAUUUACAUGGUGAAGGUCACUAUGAUUUGACAGGUUACAGGGAGACACCUUAUGAUAACUUGCAAUCCCCUACUCCACCAAAUGUCAAUAGACCACCAUUACAAGGUCACCAUGGACAGUCACCACAGGGUUAUAAUUAUAGAUCAGCUUUACAAAGUCACCAUGGACCACAGGGUCAUAAUAGACCGCAAUUACAAGGUCACCGUGGACCACAGGGUUAUGAUAGACCACAAUCACAAGGUCACUGUGAACCACAGGGAUAUAAUAGACCACAUUUACAAGGUCACCGUGGACCACAGGAAUAUAAUAGACCACAUUUACAAGGUCACCGUGGACCACAGGGUUAUGAUAGACCAUACCCCCCAUGCCAGAGAAGACCUCCGUUUAAUGAUUAUUCUGUUAAUAAUUUUGAUCAAGGAAACUGGUUCUGAUGUUGUUUUUAUUGUCAAUGAAAGGAAGAGUUGAUGUGUUGUAUACAUUAAUAUUGACUAAGGAAGCUUUGCAAUAAAAGGAUAACUAUGACCAUUAUCACAUUAUCAUGCCAUGAAAGGCCAUUAGUUUACUAUUAGCUGUUACCUAGAUCACCUAUGUAUUUCCACUCAUCAGUGUAGUGACAUGUCUGUAUAUGGACCUUAUUGCUUCUGUUUUGUUGGACAUAGAAAAAAAGCAAUGACUUUUUCAUUUGACAGGUUUUAUACAAUAUUAGUGGCAUCAGCCACAAGAUAACAUAAAAGUACAAAAUUCUAACCAUU